AAAACAAUACCAAAAAUACAUUGACUUUAAUUGCGAUCAUUUGUCACACACUUUGAGACCAAACCGUAACCAGAGAUCAAUUGGUGGCUCCGAAGAGGGCGUUAAGAGUGGUUACCAUCCGAUCAUAUGGUGGUAGACAUGUUGAAGCCAAAGACACUGACAAACAUCUUAAGCCAGGCCAACACCGGCGGCGUUGAGUGCACUCUUCUAUUGAACAGAGAGGGCACUCUAUUGGCGUAUUCGGGUUUCGGUGACAAAGACGCCCGAAUGACAGCCGCCAUCACUUCCAGCAUUUGGCUGUCGUAUGAAAAGUACGGCAAAACGGCUCUCAAUGAGGACAGACUCGUGUCUGUGAUGUUUGAAUGUCAGGUA